AUGGCGGUGUCCUGGAAGAGCUGGCUAGCCAACGAAGGGGUUAAACACCUCUGCCUGCUCAUUUGGCUGUCCCUAAAUGUCCUGCUUUUCUGGAAAACCUUCCUGCUGUACAAUCAAGGGCCAGAAUACUACUAUAUCCACCAGAUGUUGGGCGUAAGUGAAACUGGGGUGACCUGGUGUGUGCAUGUGGCUGCCCACUUGGUGAAUGCCCUCAACUUCUCAGUGAACUACAGCGAGAACUUCCUGGAACUGAAUGCAGCGAGAUACCAGAAUGAGGAUCCUAGAAAGCUUCUUUUCACAACUGUUCCAGGUCUGACAGGUGUAUGCAUGGUUGUGGUUUUAUUCCUCAUGGUUACAGCAUCUACCUAUGCAAUAAGAGUUUCUAAUUAUGAUAUCUUCUGGUAUACUCACAACCUCUUCUUUGUUUUCUACAUGCUGCUGCUGUUACAUGUUUCAGGUGGGAUGUUGAAGUAUCAAACCAAUUUAGACACUCACCCUCCUGGCUGCAUCAGUCUUAACCAGACCCCAUCUCAGGGUGUUUCCUUCCAAGACUAUGUCUCAGAACAUGUUCAUGGAUCUUCUGAAAGAUUUUCAAAACUACAAGAUCAUAACCAGAAAACACUUGUGAAGAUUUGCCUGGAAGAGCCCAAGUUCCAAGCUCAUUUUCCACAGACUUGGAUUUGGAUUUCUGGACCUUUGUGCCUAUACUGUGCUGAGAGGCUUUACCGAUGCCUCCGGAGCAACAAACCCGUCACCAUCAUCUCAGUAAUCAGUCAUCCUUCAGAUGUCAUGGAACUCCGAAUGGUCAAAGAAAACUUUAAAGCAAGACCUGGCCAGUAUAUUAUUCUACAUUGUCCCAGUGUAUCAGCAUUAGAAAACCACCCAUUUACUCUCACAAUGUGUCCUACUGAAACCAAAGCAACAUUUGGUGUCCACUUUAAAGUAGUAGGAGACUGGACAGAACGAUUCCGAGAUUUACUAUUGCCUCCAUCAAGCCAAGACUCUGAGAUUCUGCCCUUCAUUCAAUCUAGAAACUACCCCAAGGUGUACGUUGAUGGUCCAUUUGGAAGCCCAUUUGAGGAGUCGCUGAACUAUGAAGUUAGCUUCUGUGUGGCUGGAGGCAUUGGGGCCACUCCUUUUGCCUCAAUACUAAACACGCUGCUGGAUGACUGGAAACCAUACAAGCUAAGAAGACUGUACUUUAUCUGGGUGUGCAGAGACAUCCAGUCAUUCCAGUGGUUUGCAGAUUUGCUCUGUAUGUUGCAUAAUAAGUUUUGGCAAGAAAACAGACCUGACUACGUGAACAUCCAGCUGUACCUCAGUCAAACAGAUGGGCUGCAGAAGAUAAUUGGAGAAAAAUAUCACACUCUGAAUUCUAGACUUUUUAUUGGACGUCCUCGGUGGAGGCUUUUGUUUGAUGAAAUAGCAAAAUGUAACAGAGGGAAAACAGUUGGAGUUUUCUGCUGUGGACCCAGUUCGAUUUCCAAGACUCUUCAUAAUUUGAGUAACCAGUACAACUCAUAUGGGACGAAAUUUGAAUACAAUAAAGAAUCCUUCAGCUAA